GAAAGAGUGACGGUGAAAUGAGUCACCACUGUCUUGAAUCGCGUGAUUCUGUAUCGUCACUCAAUAUAAGUCCGUUAAAACCUGACAUGUCGUCAAUCCAUGAGAUUGCGGAGGAGCUCUCACGGAGUGGAAGCAUAUCCACUCCGAGAGCCGAACUGCUAUUUGACAGACCUGGAAGAUAUAGUAGUGAGUGUGGCGUUGUAAACAGCACGGAUCUUGUUUCAGAUAUCCGUAAUUCCCUUGUCCGAAACCAACGGAACAUUGGAAAUGGAGCAGGAUCCGCUUUUACUCCCAUUGCAAAGCGAGUGCAUUCCGACAACCAAACACCUAGCCCAUACAUUCAGAAGUCAUUGCGGUUUGAUUCUUCCACAGAGUCGUCUCCUUUUAUGUCUCGAAACACAUCUUCGAUAAUGGAUGACCUCGAGAUCGUGCCAGUGGACACCAAUCACGACUUUGUAGUUUUGGACGUAGAAAUUAAUGGAAUCCGCAGUCUCACUCUAGUCAUGCCCUCCGCUAAACAGCGAAUACGAGAAGGAGUUCAUCACAGUGAAGAACCUGGGCGAGGGCAAUUUCACGAUGGUGGAUUUUGUGAUCAGCAAAAGCGUCAAAAAAGCGUACGCCAUCAAACGCAGCAAAGAAAAAGUCCUCAAAACGACCGACCGCCACCGCUUUCUCAAAGAAGUCCAGAUGUUCGAAGAAGUUCGCGACUGUCCCCACCUCGUCCAAUACUACAAAUGCUGGCAAGAAGACUGUAUUUCUCUCUCUCUUUUCCUUUUUUUAACCUUCUAGCGUUCAUGUACAUCCUCAUGGAGUGCUGCGCUCGCGGCAAUCUCACCGUCUCUUUCUCUCUCUCUCUGACUCACAUCCAGUCCUUUCUCGCUCGCCAAUCCUCCAUCUCCGAGCCCUUCAUCUGGGUUCUCCUCCACACCGUCCUCCAAGCGCUCACGUUUCUCCAUUCUCAUCGCGUCGUUCACCUCGAUUUAAAGCCCGACAAUCUUCUCUUCGACGACCUCGGCCGUCUCCGCAUCGGCGACUUCGGCUGCGCCGCGCACUUCGACGAGCUCAGCGUGUUCAGUGAUCGACGCUACAUGGCUUUGGAAGGCCUCGAAGACCGCAUCACGCCCAAUCGCGAUCUCUUCUCUCUCGGACUCAUCGCCUAUCAGCUCAUGUCCCACGAGGAUUUACCCGUCUCAGGCGAACGCUGGACCGCGUUACGGCAAGAAAAUGGGAUCCCCUCGGUAGCGGGAUAUUCGAGUCGGCUGAACCGAAUGGUGCGAAAUAUGACGGCGCCGACGAAUGGGCGGAGUGCGGCGGAGUUCCUGGAGGAGGUGCCGGGGAAUGUGGGCGCGCUGGAGAGCGAGGUGAGGUCGAUGAUUCGAUCGACAUGUCCAUCGGUGGUGGAGACGUCGAAGGUGCCUCGGAAGAAGUCGCUGCGAAUAAAGACGGAAUCAACGGAUUUGGGAGAUAUGUUGGAGGAGCGGUCGAAUAUGACGACGCCGGUGGACGUGAUUCAGAGCUCGUAUUCUGCAAUGUUCAAGUUUUGA